AAUUAGUUUAGGAGAGAAAAUGGAAGCGGGGAAACUCCGUGGCUCAUGCAGAACUGCAUGACUCGAGAAAAAUUGAUAUUCAUAGGUGUUUUUGCUUGAUCUACAACUUUUCAGUAAUCACUUAGUAUACUGAUAUUUUAUGGUCAUCGAUGGUCAUAAUUAUAACGAGAGGCUUUUCACACACACCCACAUGCAACUUUGAGUGAGAUUGGCCCACCUAGGACAAGACGCGGUGUGACUGAACCCUUGUUGCUUGGAUCCUUAGUCCAUUGCAGAAGCUGCCCGCAACUCGCUGUACUGAUUAUUUUCACAUUUCAUGACAUUUCUUCCUCAGUCUGGCAUCAUGGUUCACUGAAAGUGAGCUUGUCUUUUUACAAAGAUGGUCUUGACGAUCAUGCUGCCCAAGGUGCAGGAAGGCGCUAGAAGGAGAAAAGCUGCAUUUACAAGAAAAGUAUCAACACUGAAAUCAAAUGACUCCAACGAUGGACGUCCCAAUCCAUCAGAUUCAGCUGUCAUUAUGCCUGUGAGGAAGCCACACAUGACCCGUCGAAUUGUGUCUUCAGAAAGUGAUUCGUCAGAGUCUAUACCAGACCCCUUCAUCAAACAACCCUCCCAAUCUCUUACUCCCAUCGAAAAGACCAAGAAAGAGAAAACGAGGAUAGGAGGCUCUGUUACAAAUAGUGACUCCAAAAAGAACAACUUUGUGCGCCUCAACAGCUCGACUGAAUCGUCCGAUUUUAGUAGCAAAAGGGCGAUCAAUGCCCUGACCGGAGUCAGUAACGGCUUUGUGUAUCAACUGAUGAAAAAGAAGGAGGAGAAUUCGGAGGAGGGGGAAAGCGAUUGCUCCAAGGAUGCUGUCAAGAAGUGCAAUGGAUCUUUAGUAGACAGUACAUUCAAUGAUGAAAUACCAGAAGGUACAGUCAUUGUGCAGCCAGAGGCAGCCCCAGAUGGAGAGGAAGACUGGUACAAGAGCAAAGAAUUUAGAAAACAGUUUCCCCGAGAGCGGAGAGAAAGAAGAGAAGCUAACAAUCAGAAUGCACCUCAAACCAUUGAAUCUGUGUUUUGUACCGCAUGUACAACUCAGGUCAACCCAUUUGACAAAAGGACUUUCUGUUCUCAUCCAAUUCUGAGUGUUGUAUUUUGUAAGGGGUGUAUGGAAUUCUACAACAGUGGUCCCUGGAAGACGGAUGAAGACGGCAUUGAAGAGGAAUGCCGGUGGUGUGGGCAGGGUGGUUCCCUUUCUUGCUGCGAUUUCUGCUGCAAGACAUUUUGCAAGCGUUGCAUCAUGCGCAACCUGGGAAGAGCAGAAUGGAAUCGUACAUUAUCAAAGAAGAAAUGGAAGUGCUACGUGUGUGAUCCUUCACCCAUACGAGAACUGGUAGCCAAAUGUAGUGCUCUCCUUUUACAUCCAGUAAAAACCGAUAAGAAGGAGAAAGAGAAGGCAAAUGUUCUUGUACAGAAGAAGGUGGCUAAAGCACCAAAGAAUGAGAAGAAGGUAAAGGAGAAGUUGAAAAUGCAGGAUGCAGCCAUCGCCGAGGAAUUUCUUCAGUAUCUUGUUGGGAACAUCAGUAAUAGGCCACUCUUCAUGAGGAGCCUGGUACGAUUGAAGAAGGAGGUGCCUGACAUGCAAAGGCUGCAGAUGAAUCUCUCCCUAAAGCACAUAGCCGAAGUCAAGUCCGUCCUUGGAGAGUUUCAAGCUUGCGUGAAGAGGCAGCUCCAUGGCGAUAUCCACAAGAGUGAUUCUGCCCUUGAUGGAACGGACCCAGAGGACUGCGAUAGCCCUGAGAGGAGAUCAAAGUCCCAGAUGGAAGGGAUAGUGAUUAAGACUGAGACGAAGGAAGAAGCGACUGGGCAGAAAGGAACAGCCAUGGAGGAAAAGGGGAGUGCAAUGGAUACAACAGCUGGUCAUGGUGUCAAAGAUGCUGAUAUCCCACAAAUGGAUUCUAGUGCUGAUGGUGUUAAUGGAUGUGAAAACGUGGAUGAGCCUAUGGACACGGGAGAAACAAGUGAGAAUGAAUCAUCAAAGGGAGAACGCGAACAGAAAGAGAAUGAUGUGAAAAUUAGUGAAAAUAGCCCCAUAGCUGAUAUUGAAAUGGAUGGAAAUGAUGGCGAUGAUGAGGACUAUGAAGAUAAAGAAGGCAGUGAAGAUUCUUCAAAUGAUAAAGAACUGAUAGGAAAGGAGCAGGCCAAAACUAGUUCGAACAAGGAGAGUAAACCUGAUCCUGUAAUUGAGAAACAAACAGGGGCUGCUCCUGAUAAAACGAAAAUGGACGUUCAAGAAAAUACUGGUUGUGCCCAGAGUGAGGACUCUGAUUGUCCUUCAAGCCAACAAAGUGUACGUAAAAUGAAAGUAACUCCUGUGUCUCCUAGAACAAGGAAAGAAUCACAAGCUGAGGAUGAAGAAGCUAAACUGAUGUCUAUGAUCAAUGAAUCUGAUGAUGAAUCUAGUGACGAGAGUGAGGGAUCAGAGUAUAGUCCUAAGAAAUCAACUAGGUCUCCUAAGAAAUCUCCCGCAAAAGCAAGGAAUAGGCUAUCUAGGAAAUUCUCCAAGGCUGUAAAGAAAGAGCCUGUCUCUAGUGAUGACUCUGAUCACCACCAGAGAGCUAAACAAAGAGAAGGACCUGGUGAGGACUCGAGUAAUCCUGAAGAACAAUCUGGGUUUGAUGGAAUUCCUGGUGGAGAAUCUUCAGUAGCCUCUCAGGAUGAGGAAGUGGAGAAGGGAGAAGUUCAGAAAAAGAUGGACUCAUCUGCUGUUACUAGAAAAAGCAAGCAUAGUUCUGAAUCAAGUAAAAGUGAAUCCUCUGAGGACAUUUCUGAGAGUAUUUUUGUGAACAAUGAUCGUAAUACCAAAUCUCGUAGAAAAAGAUUAAGCAGGAAAAAGAAGAAAUGUGAACCGCAAAAGAUGGACUCAGCUUCUGAGGAAGAAAUGGAAUUGAAGAGACUUGAGGGCAUUAAAGGUUUGAAAAGAAAACGUAACCGUGUCAGUGACAGCGAUGGUGAAUCUGAGGGUGUACCUGAAGCCCAAGAUAAGCCUGAAGAUAUGAAAGCAGAGGGUGUUGUGAAUGAGAAGGAAAAGUCUGAUGUUGAGAAGGAGUCUGAAUCAGAUGAAGCUCCACCCAAGAAAGCAAAGAAGGUCCGAAAAUCUCCUGCGAAGAUGGACCCCAAGAGCAGGGAAGUUCUUAGCACUGAUACUUCCUCCGAUGAUGAGAGCGAGAGUGACGACUGUUCUGGACUGCGAUGGAAGAGUCUCAACAAGAAAAGCAAGAAGAAGGGUAGUAGCCUAGAUAUGGCAGAAACCCUUCUGAUGGAUGAGUUAGAUGGUGAUGAUGAGGAUGAAGAUGAUGAUGAGGAGGAUGAUGAUGAUGAUGAAGAAGUAGAUGGUGCGGGAUCCAAGAGAAGUAAGAAGAAGGCUCAAAAGAAGGCAGAAGAAGAAGAGCCUGAAGAAGAAGAUGAAGACUGGGAUACCAAUGAAAGUAGACAGAAUGGAACUGGUGGUGGUGGUGGUGGAGAUGGGGAUGGCAAGAAAGGAGGAGAUGAUAAGAAGAAGAAUAAGAAGGGAAAGGACAAAGAUGAUGAGGAGGAUGAAGAAGAGAAGGAGAAUUUUGAAGAAAAUGGAGAGGAAGAAGAAAAUGGUGAAGAUGAUGAAACUUUAGAGGACGAAUCUGACGAAGAAGGUACCAAGAAAUCACAUCCCUUGCUUCGUGUCCAGAUCUCUACAUCCAGCGAGGAUGAAGAAGAUGAGGCUACAUCAAAGAAGAAAAAGAAAGGCACAAAGGGGAAAGCUGCUCCAAAGAAACGUGGCAAAGCAACAAAAAAGAAGAGGAGGAAAGAGAUUGACACCGAUGAUUACUUCACAUCAUCAGAAUCAGAUGAUGUUUCUGAUGAGAAGCCAAAGAGGAAAAGGGUGACAAGAUCUCAGACUGCAACCUCGACAGAAGACUCCACUGACGAUCUCAAGAUCCCCAGAAAGAGGAGGGCCAAGAAGGAGGAUCCUGGUACCAGCUCUGAUGCAGACUCCAAUAAAGAAUCUAAGCCAAAGAAACGGGGAGGCAAAGGGAAGAAGAGGAGGAGGAUAAAAGUUGCUUCUGACUCAGACACCGAAGGAGGUGAAUCCAAGACACAAGAUGAGAGUCAAGAAGAGAAGAAGGGCUCUGAUGGUUCAAGCGGGGAUGAGAAUGACAGUCCAAGUAAGAAAGGACGUAAGACAAUUAGACGGGUGCUGAAGAAGAGUAAGCUUCAAGCUGAGACUCUAGCAGCUGAAAUGGAAGAACAGGAGAGACGAAAAAGAAUUGAAGAGAAGAGGAAAGAGAUCAUCAAUGAGGACGAAGAGAAAGCAGAGAAGAGUGCUGUUGUCAAGUCCUGCAUCCUAGAGAAAGACAAGGAAUCUGAUGAUGUGGUGUUGGAGGUGGAUGAACGCAUUGUGGAGCAUCUGAAACCUCACCAAGCUGAAGGUGUCCAGUUCAUCUUUGACAGCACCUUUGAAUCUGUCUCUAAAGCCAAAGAGAAAGGUGGAGGAUGCAUCCUGGCUCACUGUAUGGGAUUGGGUAAAACUCUACAGGUUAUCUCCUACCUUCACACUAUAAUGACCAAUGAUGACUUAGACGUGAAGACAUGUCUAGUGGUAGCACCUCUGAAUACCGUACUCAAUUGGGAAGAUGAAUUUGAGAAGUGGAUUGGAGAUAUGGACAGUGGUAUUAAUGUGUAUGAGAUGAGUUCGGUGAAGAACAAUGCUAGCAGAGCUGAUUAUCUUGAUCAUUGGCACAAGAAGGGUGGUGUAAUGAUCAUGGGCUAUGCCAUGUACAGGAAUCUAUCCCUUCUCACUCAUAUACGCAAGAAAAAAUUGAAGGCAGUCUUCCUGAAAACCCUUGUAGAUCCAGGUCCAGACAUAGUAGUAUGUGAUGAAGGUCACAUGUUGAAGAAUGAGAGUUCAGCCAUCUCUAAGGCGAUGAACAACAUCAAGACAUUGAGAAGGAUAUGCUUGACUGGCACACCGCUGCAGAACAACCUUAUAGAAUAUCAUUGCAUGGUUCACUUUGUGAAGCCAAACUUGCUUGGUACAAUGAGAGAGUUUAAGAAUCGCUUUGUGAAUCCAAUAACCAAUGGACAGCACAGUGACUCUACUGCUAGAGAUGUCAAGAUUAUGAAGAGGAGAGCUCAUGUACUUCAUAAUCUUCUUUCAGGCUGUGUACAGAGGAAAGACUACACCGCCCUAACCAAGUUCUUGCCGCCCAAACACGAGUUUGUGAUAAGUGUGAGGUUAUCCGAAGUCCAGAUAAAGCUGUACGAACACUACCUGAACACGCUGUCUGGACGUAAAGAUGAUGGUACCAAGACUCAGUGUACCAGUCUCUUUGCUGAUUACCAGUCUCUUAUGAAUGUAUGGACCCAUCCAAGGCUUCUACAACUUGCAACACAGAGAGAAGAUAGAAAUGCUGCUAAACGAGAGAUGGAUGAUUUUGUCACUUCCGAGGAGGAGGAGGAUGAUGAUGACAGCAUGAAGGCAUUUGUAAUCUCAUCAGACAGUGACCUGGAAGACCCCUGGAAGUCGUCUAAGAAGAGAGCUGAUAAGUCAAGCAGCAAUUCUCCUCGACCAAGAUCAUCACGUCGCGGGCAAAAUGAGUAUAACAGCGAUAGUGAUGAUGAUAUCAGCGGAGAGGACAAAAACGAUGGAAAUAACUCGGACAGUAGUGUGGAGGUAGUCAAGUCUUGGAACACGAGGAGUAGGGCCAAGGAGGUUGGACUGUCAGAAGGGGCAUCUACGUCUGCAGCUGAAGUAUACAUCCCCCCAGAACCCGAGAAGGUCACUAAGUGGUACUCUGAGUUCUUCUCUGAGGAAGAUGCCUUCAAGGUGGAAUUUAGUGGAAAGCUGGUCCUUCUCUUUGAGAUUCUCAAGAUGGCUGAGAGUGUUGGAGAGAAAGUUCUUGUGUUCAGUCAGAGUCUUCUAUCUCUUGAUAUGAUUGAAGACAUGUUGGCUCAUCUAGAUGAAAAAGCACAGGAGGAAAGAGCUAACGGAGAACAAGAUUUAGAAAACCAGAUUGGAGGAACUGGAUCUUGGAUCAAAGGAGAGGAUUAUUUCAGAAUGGAUGGCUCCACUGCAGCUCAUCUGAGAAGAAGAUGGUCAGAGAUCUUUAAUGAUCUUGAUAAUAUACGAGCACGUCUGUUCCUGAUCUCAACCCGAGCUGGAUCCUUAGGAACCAAUCUCAUUGCCGCCAACCGUGUGAUCAUCUUUGAUGCCAACUGGAAUCCUAGCCACGACAUUCAGUCUAUAUUCAGAGUGUACCGUUUUGGUCAAGAGAGGGCAGUCUUCAUCUAUAGGUUUAUUGCACAGGGUACAAUGGAGGAGAAGAUCUAUGACAGACAGGUCAUUAAGCAGUCACUAUCACAGAGAGUGGUUGAUGAACACCAGAUUGAACGUCACUUCACGUCUGCCGAUCUCUCAGAGCUCUAUAACUUCACACCAGACAGGCUAGAUGACCCCAACAGACCUGAAAGACCCACUCCUGUUCUACCUAAGGAUUAUUUCCUGGCAGAACUACUCAAGACGCAGAGCAAGUGGAUAGUGAAAUAUCACGAGCAUGAUUCAUUAUUGGAGAACCAGAUGGAAGAAGAACUGACAGAGGAGGAGAGGAAGGAGGCAUGGAAGGAUUACGAUGCUGAGAAGAACAGACAGUUUAACAUGCCCCCACCAAGGCAAAUCGAUCCACAAGAUAUGGAGAGAUUCUACCAAGAGGGACAGUCUAUUCUGCGCAUGGGUGAGAUGGCAUUGAACUAUCAAGGUCAACCUGGUAUGCCACCCAUGGUAGGAGCCAGCGGUAGUGCACCACAGGCAUCUACUAUGCAGCGCCUACUGGAGAUGCAGAGUAUGUAUCGCGCACAAAUUCAGCAACAGCAACGGCAGCAACAGAUGCAGCGGGAGCAGCAACAGCUUCAACGACUGCUGAUGCUGCAACAAGCAAGAGAACUGCCCAACUCUGCCGGCAGCUCCGCCAGCAUGCAGCAACUGCAGAGGAUCGCUCUCUUGCAGCAACAGCAGCAGCAACAGCGGUUGCAACAACAAAUGCAACGGGAACGGUUCCUCAGUCAAAAUCAAACGAAUUCCAGGGCAUCAUCUUCUGAAGGAAAAGCCCCUUGAAGACCCCUAGAGACUGAUACUAGCCAAGUCAUGCUGAUCUUUCCAUUUUUUUUCAUAGAUGAACAGUAUUUGUUGUUAGUUGUAAUGAGACAUAUUAUAGUGAUGGGUGUUUGUAUAGAAAGUGAGCCACAUACUUGUUACACCAUAAUUCAUAAGGACUAUUCCAAUGUAUUUAUGUAAUUCAGUCAUGGGGAGAACAGCUCUUGUACAUAAUUAUGACUAAUUAUUGAAGUGCUAAUUACAAUCAGAUUAUAGAUUGACAUAUAGGAAACUAAAUUGUCAGUAUUCAAGAGAAUGAGAUGCUGAUAGGUAACUAAUCACAGUAGUGAGUGAUGCAGAUUCUUUUACAUGAGGCAAAGUAUAAAAUGUCAACAUGAGUUUAUAUUGCUUAGAUAUAUACAUCUUCAAAAAGUACUGAUUUUUGCAGAUGGGUUAACUAUUUGUAUACUUGCACUGCCUUUUAGAUAUGAUUGUGUUGUAUUCUAUGGCACCCGAUCCUGACUCUAAAAUCAUGCACAGUAACAACACAUGAUUACCCUGACAGGGCUCCACACUAAACCUUUUUUUCUACUGGUCCAACCUCUUCAUGUCGGACCAAGUAGAUCCCCAAUUUUUAACUGGUCCGAACCUAAAAUUUACUGGUUCCCCAAAAUGAAGAAGAAUAUAAAAAGAGACUUGAGCUUAUUUUGCUGACUUUAAUUGCUUUUAAUGCCCCCACAACAUAAUUCAUGACAGCCAUAUCUCAAUUUUGGAGAUGUCAGAUUCAUUUUUAUAAUUUACAAAAGAGGAGAAAAUAUCAUUUGUACUGUAUCAGGUUGAUAUAUUUUUUUUACUGGUCAUGUCGGACCAGUAAAUCUGGCUAUUUCUGAAAAACUACUGGCCUGGCAACAAUUUUUACUGGUCUGGGACCGUCGGACCUGUGCCAGUAUCGCGCCCUACUUAUGAAGACACCAGAAGAAGCAGCACUGUUUUUGGAUUUGAAGGAAUUCAUCCAUGGAGUUAACCAUUGAUUGACAAUUCAUACAUAUCUCGAAAUUACUAGCGAUGUGUUUUUGAACCCCACCCUUAACAUUAGCAAAACAUCAGUAUUUCAAUUUUCAAUCGACUUGAUAAUUAAUUGCUUUUGAAAUGAAGAUAGAUGAUGUUUAGGGGGCUUUGCACAAAACUUUGAAUUAAUUAUAAGUCUUGUACUUAAUUGCAAUUGAUUGCUGGUGUGAUAUAAAUUGUUUUGCUUUUGUUAAGAUUGAACUAUCACUUGUAUAUUGCAACUGUGUCUGCAUCAAUUGCAAAUAUUUUUUGUGCAACAUCUCCUUAGUCUUACCAGAAGAAAUGCAUUCCAUUGCUCCCAUUGAUGACUAAGUCAUGUUAUGAUAUUUCCCCAAAAAAAUGUUUUGUUAAACUAUUUGAAGCUAUCUUCACCAAAGCUGCAACCAUGGAUCGGUUAAGUGACUGAGUUGAAAUGUAUUGUCGGAAGGAUUGUUAAUACCUUGUAUCACUUAAAAUAUUUGACAACAGCUCAGAUAAAGCUCCAUUUCAGAGUUUUGACAUAAAUGGCAACAUUCUUUUGCCUAAAAAGAGUUCUCUGCAGGAAUUCUGAGACUUAUUUUCAGAAAAUAUGAAGAAGAUACCAUUGCUUUAACUAUUUUAAAAGUCAAGCAUUUUUUCUGAGCUACCCUAAAAGUGUGCAAAUUUUAAGAUACAAGGUUGUAAUAGCAAACUGACGAUAUUGUUAGAGUAUGUGCUACCCAUGGACUUGUUUUAUAAAGUGCUCUCUUUCAUCCUAGGUCCUAUGCUGUUAAGACGGUUCAUAUGAAAAGUAGAAUCAAAUCCUAAAAUAAAAAUCCAUUCAGCACUGAGAUUUUUCAUUAUUGGGGUUUCAUAUUGCUAUCUAUAGUAUAUAAUCACAUUGUAGAUUUUGUGCAAUUUCUGUAUUCCUUUUUUUACAAGUUUAUUCAAAUCUAGCUCUUUUUUCUUCUUGUAGCUAUUGAAACUGCUAAUUUUGAUGUGAGUACACUGUCUAAUGAAGAAUAUACCAACAACCUUGCUCAUUUACGCUUGUUCUAGGAAAUGAUUAUAACAUGGUUGUGAAAAUCAACAUCAAGCAAUGACUUGGAAUUGCAAUGAAUACUCCUUUGUAAUGAUGCUGUGGAGAUAUUUUAUAUUACUAAGUGGCUUUUGAAUGUAGACAUUCCUAUUGAUUACCUAGUAUACAUGUGCAACCAUUGUAGUAGGUGCUGAUAUCAUAUGUAGAAUACACAGUGCAGAGUGUAUUGUAUUAUUUAUAACUCAUUGUUCAGUCAUGUGAAUGAUAGUGAACAUGAUACUAAUAUUUGGUUGUAAUUCGCGAAGGUUUAUCCUGAAAUCGUCGGAAGCACAACGCAAAAGCUUAAAUUAGUAUGUAUCCCAUUUGUGCAUUUUUAGACGAAAAGAGACCUCAGCUGAAUGCAUAUUGUAUUAUAAACUUUGUGAAUUUCACUUAUUAGUUCAUCUUUGUUAUAAUCCCCAUAAUUCUCUACUUUUUCUAGUUAUCUAAAUCAUUAUUAUUCAUGUUUAAGGCAAACUUUUUUUUUUACCAAAGUGCUGAAUUCAGUUCAUCUGUGAAGCAAUAGGCACAGGGUCUAAGUGAGGCCAGAUCAGAUUCUAUGUCAUAGUUAUAUUUUUUGGGGGAAAGGUCAAGUCAGUGUCUAGUUCUAAGUUCUGGUCAAGUCCUGGGGCCUGUAGCACAAAGCUUAGCAUUGAUCAUAGAACAUAUUUCUACGAUUGAUUGCAUUGACUACAAUGUACAAUCAAUAGUGAAAAUCAAUGGUCGGAUUAAUCGUAAACCUUUGUGUUACAGGACCCGAGUCAUUUUAUAGUCUAGUUACAGGUCCCGGUCUUGGCCGAGUUCUGGGUCAAGUCAGUGUUUAGUUCUAAGUCCUGCUUUUGGCGUAUGUCUGGGUAAAGCUAGUGUCCAGUCCAAUUCUCGGUCCUGGUUGGGGUCUGGGUGCUGGUCAGUUCCUGGGCAAAGUUGAUAUCCAGUUCCUGGUCUGAAUCGCACAAGUCGAGGUUUGGGUCAACACCAGUUUGGUUGCUCAUGGAUGUAGGCUGUGGUUACCAUGAUGUGAUGUGAUUGAGUCUUCAGCCAAGACCAUUUAUUCCCACCAUGCUCCUAAGUGAUACAUACACUUUAACAAAAUUUGAUGUUCAUAGUCAGUUAAGUCAUUUUGUGACAGUUCUAUUUUUCAAAAUUCUGCGAGAAGUUCUGGUAAAUAAGAUGUUUCCUUUUUAACAUAGAUUGGUCUUCCAAAAAUAUUUGUAAUAAUGAAAGAUGUUUCAGAAAGGAUAAUUUGUUCAUGUUGACAGUUGAUUCACCAAUGUUUAUUUCUUCCUUAUAUGCUGCACUCUUGGCAGCUAGAAUCAAACUUUGAAAGGACGUGUAUUAUCAAAAUGGAUGAACACAAAAUGCAAUAAAAGAAAAACAAAAGAUGCACCUUCAGUCGUUAAAUUAGUCAUAUUGAAAGGAUUAUAAAUUCUAAUUUAUUAUCAAUACAAUAAGAAAAGACUUUAUUUUUACCAGUCUCUACAAAUUGAAACAAAAUUGCUUUCACUUGGACGAGGGAGAUUGCUGCUAUUAUCUUUGUUCAAUUGAUUUUUUUUCAUAAUCCAAUUCUAUUUUCAAGGAAGCUUUUGACAAAAUUUGACUAUUCUCAGAAUAUUAUCUUGAUUAAACAUGAAGAACCUUGAAUCCAAAUUCAUCUUUCAUUUUUUUUUUUGUGAGCCAUUCACUAGCUUUGGUAUGGUAUGUCAUACAGACCAACCAAUGAUCUGCCAAUGUUGAAUAUUAAAGCAAUAUUGACUUGCCUCGGGGUGAUAUGACAUAUAUCGCCCAAACUAGAUUUAUAUUGCUUAAUAAUAUUAAAUGAGUGAUUUUAUGUUCAGAUAAAUGGAAGUCACUGACAGCUGAAGUUAAAGUUUUUGAGCCUAUCAUAAUAUCAGAAAAUUCAUAUCUCAAUUAAAAUUGAUCACACCCAUGUAUCUUAAAUGAGGGACGGUUUCACUAAUGGAAUGUUUAUGUCAUCUUGAACACAGAAAAUACAUAGCUAUAGAAAAUUUCUGCUAAGUUUAUGUGGUUCAAAUAAAUGAUAACAACUUCCUAGCUUACCCCUGUGAGCAUUCUAAUAUAGCAUACCAAUAAAGCAGCUAAGAUUUCUGUUAUAUAAUCCCAUUCUGUGAAGGUUUUAAAAUGAUUGUGUGCUGCCCCCUUGUGGUGUACGUGUACCAAGAAUACAUGUAGGCACUCGGAUAUAUGUGUCGGCUCUACGCAUAUAUUUCCAUCCCAUCGUGAGUUAAUAUGCAAGGUUUCCAUUAUUGUACAGGGAAACAAGGAAAAAAAAGAAUAUUAGUCCAAGAAGUUAAUCAAGAAUCUCACACUAGUGAAAUGUACAUUAUAUUAUUCAUAUUUUACAUGCGAGAAAGAAUGUCUUUGACAACCUGAUGUAUGGAUGUGUUGUGCGGAUGUAUAGCAAUUGUGUAGGAUUUGAAUGUUUUAGAUGACCCAUGUGCCGGUCAUGUAUUAACUGUUAACCAGUUUGUGACUUAAUUUAUUUUGUUGUCAUGUUGCUCUUUCUUCUGUUCAAAAGGCCUCAUGCAGUAUUUUAAGAAACAACAGUUUUAUGUAAGUUAUGUAUGUCAUGAAAAAAAAGCAUUUUAAAUUAAAAGCAGUCAACAUUCACUUA